AUGGGAACUUAUCUAACCAGAUCAAGGGCUUGGGUCUAUAUAGCAUUUUACGAUGAAUACGCUGGAAAGCACAUGAAUAUUUCUGCAGGACUCUCUCUUGUGUUCCUCAUUCCUAUGUAUUGGUAUGGAAUUCAUUGUAACAGAGUAAAGGAACUCAACCUCAAUAUGUAUUAUUAUGCAUGGAGGAAUAUUGAUAAGAGAAACCGGUUGGUACACAAUAUGAUAAUGGAGCAUUUCGAAGUACAUACUGAAAAGCUUCAAGAUGUGUUCCUCGAUAUCAAGAAGGAUGGAACUAAGGCUCUUGCUAACCUUCCACAACCGAAGGAACAGGAUCAUGGACCUUUGACUGUCAACGAGAGAGCUAUGAUUGAUGAAAUCUCAGGUCUCACAGAUUAUGUUGAGCAGAUUAUUUCUGCUAAUGAUUUCCCAGAACAUAUUCAAGAUAAAAUGAGAUCAGAAGUCACUUACUAUACCCCAGAUGCUGACAAGGAGAAGGUGAGAUUCCAAUUGAGCAAGAAAUUCAAGAAUGCCAGAUAAGCAAACUAAUAAUCGG